AGUGCCACCAGUGUGUUUUUUCGAGUAGUAUUUCUUGAAUUUCUUCUAUUUCAUCUUUCUUCUGAGAUAAGAUGAAUAGAAAAACUGUUCCUGUCUCCAGCUCUACCUUAAGACGGAGGACCCGUGUAGACGUAGAUAAAAGACUUAAACAAAUUAGGGAUGACUACAUAAAUUUGACUGACUUUCAAGUGACAACAGAGAGGGACCUUGUAGAUGUCAAUAGAGAGCUUUCUGAAGAAAGUCCAGACAAUCAAGCUUAUUCAGACACUGCAACUGGACUAGUCUUUAGUGAGGAGGAAGGUGGCAUGGAGGUAGAUGCAGACAUACAGGAGGGUUUUGUGAUUGGCAGCUGUGAUAGGCCGAUUCAGACAUCUGAUUCAGAACAUUCAGAAGAUGAACGGCCUGAGACAUUUUCACUCUCUGACAGUAUUUCCAACUGGGCCAUACACUUUGGCAUUUCUUUGGUUGCUUUGACAGCACUAUUGUGCAUACUUCGCAUUUGCCAUCCUGAUCUUCCAAAGGAUGCUAGAACCCUCCUUAGGACUAAGACAAAGUACACUAUUCUAGAAAGGGCUGGGGGACAGUAUCACUAUUUUGGUAUUCUGUCAUCACUUAAGAAUAUGCUGUCUAAAUACCUACACACACUGGCUGACGGAUUCACUUUGAAGUUGCAAGUAAACAUAGAUGGACUUCCUUUGUUCAAGAGCUCUAGUCUGCAACUGUGGCCCAUCCUUGGUCUGCUACUGAGUGUUCCCAUGAAAGAACCAGUAGUCAUAGGUUUGUUCUGUGGACCAAAGAAACCAAGCUCAGCAAAGGAGUUUCUUGGAGAUUUUGUUGCUGAGUUACAACAGCUUGAGAAAGGUUUUGAAAUAGAGGGUAAGACAUUGAAGCUCGAACUGGACACAGUAAUUUGUGACACACCAGCAAGGUCCUUUAUUAAAAACACAAAGAGCCACAAUGGCUACCAUGGUUGUGAUAAAUGUUCUCAGCCUGGAAAACAUAUUAACAGACGCAUGACAUACCCAUAUACAGACUAUGCCCUAAGGACAGAUGAUUCAUUUGAAAACAUGGUUGAUGAGGUCCAUCAUCAUGAGGGGCCACAUCCAUUUCAUGGCAGCAGUGUUGGCAUGGUUUCUCAAUUCCCUCUAGAUUAUAUGCAUUUGGUUUGUUUAGGUGUGGUUAGGCGCUUGCUGAAUAUUUGGCUCAGGGGUCCUCUGAAUUUCAGAGUACCUGCAAACAUAGCAGAUAGAAUGUCUGCUAAACUAGUAGAAAUGCGUUCCUAUAUUCCAGUGGAGUUUGCCCGAAAGCCCAGAACGCUGAGGGAAUUAGAUCGCUGGAAGGCCACUGAAUUUAGGCAGUUUCUGCUGUACACCGGACCUGUAGUGUUGGGUACCUUUCUGGACCGAAAUAUGUACAGCAAUUUCAUGCUGCUGUUCUCUGGUACUGCCAUUUUAGUAAGUCCUAGACUGUCCUGCCACACACAGUAUGCUCGCACCUUGCUUAGAUCUUUUGUUUCUCACUUUGGUGAAAUAUAUGGCAAAGAUCAACUUGUUUAUAAUGUACAUGCUUUGGUUCAUCUGGCAGAUGAAGUACAACGACAUGGUUGUCUUGACGCAUUUUCUGCAUUUCCCUAUGAAAGUUACCUGAACAAGCUAAAAAGGCUUGUUAGAAAACCAGACUUUCCCCUUGCCCAAAUUAUUCGUCGAUUGUCAGAGAUGAGAAUUACUGACACUCCUUUAAAUGGUACCUCUUUUAAAAAACAGCAUUUUGUUGGGCCACUUGUAGAUGGACUGUCAGUGAAAGCACAGUAUGGUGAGAUGGCAUGUGACAAGUGGACGGUUAAAGUUUCAACCGGGGAUAACGUGUUUGUCAUUGGUAAUGAGAUUUGCAUCAUACAUAACAUUGUGGAAUGCAGUGAUGGAGUGUACGUAGUAUACAAAGAAUUUUCAGAGAAGUCUUUGUUCUUCACAUACCCAUUCAAUUCUGAAUAUCUGAAUAUUCAUAUAAUUUCACAAACAUCAGAUACACUCAAGUGUGUUAAAGCUUCAGAGCUUGUCCAGAAAUGUGUUGCUUUACCUCAUAGGGAUGGUUUUGUGGCCAUACCCUUAUUUCAUACAUUUUAGGAAUGUCUCACGCUACAGUGAGAAACAACAAAAACUCCACAGGUUAAAGGGAUAGUUCACCCAAAAAUGAAAAUUUGAUGUUUAUCUGCUUAC